AUGGAUAUUUGUCGAGAUAGAAUUCCGAUUACACUAAAUUCCAAUGACACAGAGCCCAAAGAUUCCCAGAAAUCCCAAGAAAUAUCUUUCAUAUUCUACUCCGCCUUAGAAGACAAGUCCACCGGGAACAUAAAAGCAUCUCUUGGCGCAGACAACCGUCUGUCAGGCAUGGAAGGCUACACCGACGGUUUAGGUGCCUACAGGUUCAGCAUGAACCCUACCAAAGGCACCGUGGAAGAGCACUCCUUCCUAAUCGCCGUAUUGCCAGGUCUGAACCUCGUCAAGGAAACAAUCCUCCAGAAUUUACGACUCGCCUCUCAAAAAGUCUCGAACGUCAAGCGGAUUGUCCUAGGAGGCGACCAACUUCCUCUCGACAACGAAGGGAAGAAAACGGACCCUAAUUUCUGCGCGACCCAGGUCACCGCUCGAGUUCCUUUCGAGUUCGAAGUUCUUUUUGAAUCUGGCAGUGUUCCUCUGCGCAAAGAGAAGCUCACCGGGAAAAACUUCGACCUGGCCCUCGGGGAGCAGCGAAAGCGGUUCAACGACAAGUUCGAGAAAAUCUUCAAACUAACAGAGAAAGGCUUCAAGGAAGACGCGAUAGAGUUUGCCAAGUACGGGUUCUCAAAUUUGAUCGGAAGCAUCGGGUACUUCUACGGAAGCUCCCAGGUCCAGAGUGUUCACACCAAGAGUCCAGUUCCCUACUGGAAGGCUCCCCUGUACACCGGAGUGCCCAGCAGAAGUUUCUUUCCCCGCGGAUUUCUCUGGGACGAAGGCUUCCAUGGGCUUCUGGUCGCAACCUGGGACCUGGACAUCGAGAUGGACAUAAUGAGUCACUGGUUCGACUUGAUGAACUCCGAAGGCUGGAUCCCCAGAGAGAUGAUCCUGGGCUCGGAAGCUCUGGCGAAGGUUCCUGAGGAGUUUGUCACCCAGAUCAGCACCAAUGCGAAUCCUCCGACUUUCUUCUUGACCUUGCAGUAUAUUUUGAACUCCAGAGAAUCGGAGCUGCUGGACAGGCACUACAAAUUACUGGAUAAAUUGUAUCCGAGAUUGCAGGCCUGGUUCGAGUGGUUCAACACCACGCAAGUUGGAGACUUGCCGGGAACUUAUAGGUGGCGCGGACGGGACAGCUUGACCAACCGAGAGCUUAAUCCAAAAACGCUGACUUCUGGGCUUGAUGAUUACCCACGAGCUUCGCACCCGAAUGUCGAUGAAAGACACGUCGAUUUGAGGUGCUGGAUCGCUUUCGCUGCGGGAGUUAUGGCGAGGCUCUCGGAGCUGCUGCACCACCCGGCGGAUAAGUACCGGGACACCCACAGAUUCUUGACGGACAACCAGGUGCUCAACGGGCUGCACUGGUCGCCUUCCAGCCAGUCCUACGCGGACUAUGGCCUCCAUACGGACAAGGUAGAGCUGAGGAGACCUAGUGCGCCUCCCAGGUCUCCAGCUUCGCCGGAGCUGAUCAGAGUGGUGCUAGAGGACCCGAGUCUUAAAUUUGUUGAUUCGAGCUUUGGAUACGUGUCGCUGUUUCCAUUUAUUUUGCAGGUCGUCGAACCGGAUUCUCCGCAUCUGGAGAAAAUUCUGAUGGACUUGACCAAGCCCGAGCUGCUCUGGACCAAGUUCGGGCUCAGGUCGCUCGCCAAAAAUUCUCCGCUCUAUGCCAAGUACAAUACUGAGCACGAUGCGCCCUAUUGGAGAGGACCUAUUUGGAUUAAUUUGAAUUAUUUGACGCUGAGAGCGCUCAAUUGGUAUGCAGAGACUCCCGGACCGUAUGCCGGGAAAGCUAAGAAAAUUUACAAGGACUUGAGAGAGAACUUAAUCAAAAAUAUGCUGGUGCAGUACAAAAAAAACUGGGUUCAUUUGGGAAAAUUAUGGAGAUGUUUAUGGAGAAGGAAAAGGCAGUCAUCCGUUUAA